AGCCCGUCGCCAGGUCGCCAGGUCCCUGCCGGAGAGGAUCUGAACGGCGGCGGGACGGGCUGUGGAAGCGCCAACGGCAGUGGGAAGACACCUGCAGGCAGCGAGGUCUCCUCCGGCUGGAGGCAGGGGGAGGGAGCUGAGCGCUCGCAGAGCCUUUGACAACUCAGCCCUGGAUUUGGCAGCAGGUAGAGGAAGCAGCUGUGGGGCAAGGUAACGUUUUGGUGUGAGCUGCCUGGUGAGUCACUGGGCAAAUCCACCCCGGCUUCGAGCUGCCCUCGCAGUGAGGGGGACUGUACGCAAGGGCUGCAGGAGAGCUUCCCCCCGGGAGGGACGGCACGGCACGGCACAGAGAGGUUGUUCACCAUGAACGUGGCUGUUCUCCUCCUCCUGGGGCUGGGGUUUUUGGAGGCAGAAGGCAGGUGUUUCUUCAAUCGCACUCAGGAGUACUGUGUGUGCUACCACCUGUCCCAGGAAACUGUAAGCAGCAUCAUCCAGUGCCUCGCAGCCUCUGUCGUGGAGUUUCAGGGGGGAGAGCUGGAGAGAUACGUAGCCUUCCCCAUCAGCGAUCUGGACCCCUCCUCCAUUGAAACGCUGGGCUCCCUUCUCAUCAGAAAAAUAAUUUUUAGGGAUCUCCUGGUGCCUGAGAUACUCCUUGCCCGGGUCCUGAAGUUCUUCUCCUACACUCAGGUGCGGGAGCUGGUGUUUGAGAGCUGCAUUUUCAAAGGGAGAGGCAACUGGGAGGAAAUGGCCAACAAGGACUUGCCCAUCUUGUCCCUGCGCUUCCACAACGUGACAUCUGCCCUGCUGACGGGCCGCCAGCAGGACUUCUCCAGCCUGAGCAGCUGGCUGGGGACCCUGCAGGAGCUGUCUGUCACUGGUUCCCACGUCACCAGCCUGCCUUGUGGCAUCGGGAGGGUGUUCAGAGCUCUGCUCUUCCUGGACGUGGCACAAAACAGCCUGGGGGAUGAGAGCUUGGCGUCCACCUUCUGCAGCGGGGCGUUCCCUCAGCUCCGGGUGCUGAGUCUGCAAGGCAACAACCUGACAUCCUACCACCGCGUGUGCGAAAGUGUGCGGCUGCUGCCUGAGCUUCAGCAUCUAGAUCUCAGCCAGAACAAGCUCACGGCAGACCCAUCCUCCUCCUGCCAGUGGCCAGUGGCCCUCCAAAUCUUUAACUUGUCUGGCACUGGCUUGGAUGAAGUCCUCACGCCUCUGCCUCCCAGCCUAGAAGUGCUGGACAUGAGCUGCAACCACCUCCGUGCUGUAGACAUCUCCCUCAGCUCCCUGAAGAAGCUCUUCCUCAGCCAAAACAUGCUGCGGGCUGUUCCCUCCGUCAGGAAUUUCCCCAUGUUGGAUACCCUCCACCUCGACAACAACUCGAUUGCGGAGCUGCCAUGGGACGAGGUGAAGCACCUGUGGGAUGUGGCUGCUGCUGGCAACCCCUACAACUGUUCGUGCUCCGGGGCUGGGGGACUGCAGGCGCUGGCAGCCACGGGCCACCUUGGGCAGGGCUGGCCCCAGGACUACACCUGUCAGUCCCCCCCUGGCUACCGGGGCAGGCUGGUGAAGGACGUGCCGGUCUCGGUUCUGCGGUGUAACAGUGCCGCGGUGAUCGCCCCCGUCUGCGUUGCCCUCGCCCUGCUCGGCGUAGCCGGUGCUGUCUUCCUGGUCAGGUCCAGGCCCGGGCUGCUCCGGCCCUGCCGCAGGGUGUGAAGGGGCUGUGCCACCGUUUCCCACCAGUGCUUCCCCGCAGGGGAUCAGCCCCAGGGGCUGCAAGGCCAGGAGCUCCGUGGGAAGACUCACGGGACCCCCAAGUGCUGGUGAGGGGCUCUCUCGGUGUCCCCAGGAGCAGGGGACCGUCCCCAGCAUUUCUCCCAUGGUGGCUGUGGCUUUGCCCAUCCAAGUUUUGGGGAAACCCCCCCAAGCAAAACCCCUUGCCGUGCUCUGCCCCAGGGCUGCACCCCCCCAGAUGGGCUUUCCUUAAUGGCCAACUCCAACUCCCCAAGCCCCAAUGUGCACCCGUCGCCCUGUGAUACCGUCUGCCCCGGACACGAGGAGUUUGGCUCCAUCAUAUUUGCAGGUGGUGCUCAGAUGCCCCAAGCCUCGCUGGGGUCCGGUGGUGUCCGUCCCCCCCCGAGCCCCACCACCACCGUGUAGCCCUGUGCCCUCCCAGCCCGGCCGUCCUUGCAGCCUCUGCUGACCCUCCACCUCUCCGUGGCUGGGCCACGGCUGUGAGGGCGGCUGGGUUGUGAGGAUGGCUGCUUAACUGCUAUUCGGCAUAAGGGAAAAACCACAAAAGACAGGAAAAUGAAUAAAUUAAACACCCCUAUACGCAAAUGCUAACGAGCGGGAGGGAGCAGAGACCGCAACCAAGAGCCGAGCUCUCAAGGCACUGGUGGACAAACCCCUCAAGUGUCACCUCAAAGAGGUUUAACUGGAAACUGUUUAACUGAUUGAUAAGAAGAAACGGGUUUAUUCUGGGUUAUUCAGAAAACAUCUCAUAGUAAAGAGAA